UCUGGUGAUAUAGGAUACAAUGGGUUUCCUGUUCACUUGAACUACUUCAGUUCUCUUCCAGACCCUUCCAUUAUUGUAGAUCCGACAUUGGGGAUUACCUUCAAGUCGUUGUUGAAGAAGGACCCCAUUACUAAGCAGAAAUCGUUGAACGACUUGAUAUCAUUAAGUAAGACAGAAAAGUCGAGUUCCUUCCAGGAUGAUCUCACCAUAAUAACGUGGAUCCAAUUGUAUCCAAAAUUGGCAAUCGAGAACUCGAGAGCAAUUAGACUCGCAUCUCAUCAGGUUCAAGCCAUCUUUCUCCAAUUAGUAGGAGGUAAAAACUUCAGUAAGUACCUCAAAAGCUCGCUUCCAGUAUGGUUGCUGGGUAUCUUUGAUAGCGAGAAAGCCGUAGCUACUGCUACGUACAAGUCUUUGUUAGAUAGUUUCCAGAAUGAUAGGGAUAAAGUUGAUGAAAAGAUCUGGAUCAUCUUCUACGAACAAAUAAUAAACUACAUCAAGACCACAAUCCUGAUAGAAACUCCGAAGAGUUUGUCAGAUUCCAGAUUCACAAAGGAAGAAGACUCGGUUGUUAAGUAUCAGAGAGUUCUCCAAAACAGUUUACAGAUGUUGAUCCGAUCUGUUGAUUUCGAUAUCAUAGCCGAGAUUAUCCUGCUGGAAAAGCUUUGGAACUACCUUGGAGAAGCACUCGAUGAGUCUACAAUGAACUAUCUGUUGUUCGGAACCUUACUCGAGUUGCUUAAGACAAUAUUUAAUUUGACAGAUAUAAAAAGUAUCUAUAAGACUGUCUCCAAGAAGUUCAUCAAACUUGUCAAGUUGAAGAAUAAUAAGAGUACCCCUACUGGAAACAUUGUGUAUUCUUCAUUCAUCUUGCAGUUUUGGGAUACUUUGAGAGCGCUAACUCUUUUUAGUGGCUUGAAGAACAUCAAAAGUGUGAAAGUGAAAAAGAACUUUUGGGAGCUCGGGGGGAGCAAAAGUUUUGCUCGUCUUGUAGAAUACCUCAAACUUGGAAGUUGUCAACUGAAUCCAGCCUACUAUACUAUUAUAAGUCAUUUCAUUUCGUCCCUAGCAAGUUCUGAGAUAAACAUUAACGAAGACUUCCAGUUCGUAGAAUUUCAUGAUUUUGGGAGUGCCACUCUUUUGAUUGGAAAAAUCUUGAAUAAGCAGUAUAAAUCAUUGAGCUCGUUUGACUAUAAGGAGAAGGCAAUCCAGUGUAUUCUUAGUGUCUAUGAUAUUUUUUCUGAGAGGCUAGAUGAUCAGCUAUUGCCUUUAUUGAAACAGAUAUUAUAUAUGACAAUCGAUUCGGUUUCUGUGGAUGUUCUCAGAAGAGACGCGAUAUCAAAGAAGAAAAGUAUUGAAAACAUGCUGAACUUUUUUGGUGAUUUCGAUAACGCACUUUCACACCUAGUACAGAAUAAUGAAAGUAAAUUGAGUGUUGAUGGCUUUGAGUUUAGUUCUAAUGUCUCUAAAAUUGUCCAGUCCUAUUUUGACAUUUUAUUGCUCGGAAACCAUUUCGACAUCGCUUCAGCAGUUGUCGGGAAUACUGUUGAUAUAUUGGUCGAGGAUACCACUAUUGAAAAACCAGUCAUUGCAUUUAAUAUAAUAUCAACUUAUCUUGGCAGCUUUAGGGACGUCACUGAAAAAACUCAAUUGGUACCUCUUUUAGAGAUUCUUCCAAGUUUUUUUGAGCAGGACUUUGUGAAAGAGCCUCUUGAAUUGCUCAAGUCUUUCGUAACCUCCAACCUCCAACAGAGUUUAAUAGAAGAAGCCGUAAAUGGAAGCUACCUUAAAUUGACAAUGGUAGCUCCUGAGCAGAAUGUGCUCUUGUUAAGAACUCUUUCGCAGUUCAUCGAUUUCGAAACCAAAAAGGAUACCUACCCAGAGAUCUAUGAAUACUUGGUGGAGUUGUCUCGGAAGAAGACGUUGACCCCAGAAGAAUCUAGUUUGAUCUACAGUCAAUUGAAUGUAUCUGAAGUCUUCGAAAACUUAGUUAAUGUCUCUUCUGAAGAUAAGGGAAGAAGUCAUGAUUUUGUAAAAGCCAUUGCGAAUCUAGCUUCUAUCAAUACUCUCACUAAGCAUUUCGAAAGUGAAAGUUUAAAAACUAUUGCAAGACAUGCAUGGGAAAACAUUCAUGACCCUGAUAUGGCCAAGUUCUUUGAUUGGAUCAAAAUUGAUAGAUCUUUCUUUGAACUUUCCUUAUAUAACUAUGUUGAAAGCUGUGGAUUUCAAACAGAUUUUUCUAAUAUUGCCAAAUAUCUAGACAAUGAUUUCGUAUCAUUUGAUUUAUUGGAGACUAGAGUUAAUAACGCUAUGUCCCAAAUUCCUAAUCACUUGAUUUCGAUUUCGAAUCCUUUGGAGAACAAUGUAUAUUUGAGGGAUUCAAAAAUGGAUUUAGUAUUGGAUAGAGGAAUUAUUACAUUCGGGAAAUUCAUUAAUACUAUCUUGAAGUCUACAAAAGGAGAAGAUGAACGUCUUUAUGUGUUGGGUUCGUUGAUCAGUGAAUAUAUCAACGAUCUUCUUGUUCUUGAAAGGGUAACAGAGAGAGUGCAUUCCGACGAGUACCUUCAAAUUCGUGAAAGUUUAAUGUCUUGCUUGUUGAAUAUCUUUAAGGAAAGAAGUUCGUUGGAUGCUAAGGUAUUGAAUCACCUUAACCUGGGUAUGAAUGGCUCCGGUCUGAAUUGGGCAUAUUCCGCUAGAGUCUUCAAGCGCAUUCUUGACAUGAAGUUUGAGAGUAUGUCACUUAAUACUUUUGAAGAGCUCACAAUCGACUAUAGAGUAUUACUCAAGACCCCUAUUAAAUUUGCAGCUUUCCAACUCAGCACUACGAAGUUUUUCUCUAGUGCCAAGUUUGAUAGGAUCCGAAACUUUGUAGUUGCCGAGAUAUUGGGAGUUAGAAAAGAGUCUGAAAUCUUGACGGAGGGUUUAAAGUGGAUAUCAUUGAGUGUAAACUUUUUCAAUGUUGAAGAACGUUCAGAUGUUGUUCCACCUCACAGAUUAGCAAUGAUUUGCAAUCAGAUUUUCAACUGGUUGGAAUCGGGAGUUGCUUAUGAUGAGGAGUUUGUUUCCAUGAGAGUUCUUUUGACAAAAUUCUUCAGCGGAUUAAUUGUCAAACAGUCUGAUUUACCGGACAAGGCAUGGGAAGUUAUUUCUCGAUUGCUCAGUGAUAAUUUGUCUACUUGUGAAAAUGAACCAUCCAGAAUCGACUUAAAAUAUUUUUCGUUGAAGUUAUUAGAUGUUGUUAGAAAGAACGGAAAGGAAAGAGAAGAAAUUUUGGAUCUCUUUACCAAUGCUGAUAUCAUAUCCGCAGAUAUACAAUACAACAACCAAGUAAUCGUUCAAUGCAAUGAAUUAUUCGUUAGAGUUGUUCUUGAUUACGAUAUUCCUGUUAAGAUGUUGAAAGCGCAUGAGAAUGAGUUGUACAACAUCUUGUCAGGAGAAUUUUCUAUUCCUUUAAAGCGUGUUGCUGUUUUCUUCCUACGUAAGAUCAUUCUUGCAGAUCAGCAGGAUUUUGUUUUGGAGUACCAAUUGAAAAAGUCGAAAUUGGAGCAGACUGAAGUCGAAGAUGAGUUGGAAGUUAAUUUACCGUCUGCACUCAUUAAUAUCAUUCAAAAGUCAUUGGAAUAUGAUGUAGACGAUGAUGGGCUAGUAGCCACUUUUAAUUGGGGCUGGUACUUGGUCUUCGCUUACUUGGAAGACAUCACUUAUUCCCUUCGUACUGAGUACAUCAAACUAUUGAAAGACAAUGGAUCAUUAGAUCAUCUUUUAAUUCAUAUAUUUGAGAGAGCAGAUGUCACCGAUAACAAGUUCUUGAAGAAAUUGUCUCCUGAUGAAAUUGAAAAGUCUACCAAAGUGCAUAACAGUUUCAUCUCGGACUACGAUAUCAGAUCUGGAAUUCCUGGUGAGAGCUUUGCGUUUGAGAUGCAAUUUCUCUUGCUUCAUCAUUAUUUCUUAUCGUUGAAGUACAUUAGCUCUCCUGUCCAGACCUGGUACAAGGAGAUUCGUGACAAGCAAUUGAAACAGAGAGUUGAGAAGUUUACCACAAAAUUUGUGUCUCCAUUGCUCGUAGCACAGAUCUUGAAUGAUGUGGGAGAGGCAAAAGAUAAACUAGAAAGUAGAGACGAGAACUUGACUGUCAAGGUAAACAAGAUCACAAACGAGAUAAGAUCAGUGUAUGUAAUAGAUGAACAAACUAUGGAAAUGGUGGUCAAGAUACCGCACAACUAUCCACUUGAAAGUGUUACAGUGGAAGGUCCAUUACGUCUUGGAGUCAAGGAAAUUCAAUGGAAGGCGUGGCUUUUGGCGUCUCAAAGAGUCAUUUCUCUUACCAAUGGCUCUAUCGUUGAUGCUAUUGAGUUGUUCAAUAAGAAUGUUAAUCUCCACUUUUCAGGAUUCGAAGAGUGUGCCAUUUGUUACUCCAUCUUACAUCAAGACCUUUCACUUCCAUCUAAAAGCUGUUCCACUUGUAAUAACAAGUUCCAUGCUGCUUGUUUGUACAAAUGGUUCAAGAGUUCAGGUAGCAGCACAUGUCCACUCUGUCGUUCUACGUUUACUUUCAGA